UUGAAAACGCUCGACAUGGUAUUGAUCCCGAGACCGUUGGGUUACAAGCCAUUCCCUUAAUCGCUGAGAUAAGACUGAUAGAACUUUAAUAAUAUAGAAAUUGUGAACCAUCUCUAUAUUACACCAUAACCUCGCCAGGCGCUGUCUGUGUCCGCAUCUGCAGCUCUCGGCAAUCGCGAUGGAAGAAAUCUCCGAUCCUCCGAAUCCAACCAGAGAGAUUUCAGAACCCAUGUCGGAGUUUGACCCGAAAACCAUGCGGACUACAAAGCCCGGCGCGAAGCGUCUCUUGAUCACCACAUCUGUGCUCGUGUGUUUCCUUCUAGGUUUCCCCUUUCUGUGGAAAUCCGUGGAAAUCUACCGCUCUCCGUUGCCGUUCCACGACAUCGACUCGCUUUCCGGUCAAAUUGAAUCGUCUCCGUUGCAAUUUCCCUGUACUUUCCACGCCAUUUUCGUCGGUUUCCGGUCGAUGAAUCCGAGUAACUUGCGAUCCGCAAUACUGGAUGGUGUAACUCAGUUUACCCAUCGGAGUUCAGGAUGCGGUUCUUGCAAUUUCUCCCUCUCGGUCACUGUACAAGACCCAGAUGACCAUUGUACCGAAACCAUAGUUCGCGACCCUUCCAAAUGUUCCUACCGCUGCGGGGUGAUAAAAGGAAAUGACUUUGGUAUUGGGUUGGAGGAUGCUGCAGUGGAUGAGUCCUUGAAUGAUAUUUUUGGUGGUUGUACUGGCCAUGGCGGGAAAAUAUAUAGUGUUGUAGUGGUGAAUAAAGAUCUUGGCAAUGGCGAAGGUGAGGUUAGGGCUGUGGUGGGCAAGCACAGGCAUGCCUGGAUUGUGGGAAGUGGAUUAGAGGAGAGAUAUGGAGACAUGGUGGCUAAGGUUUCCGAGAUAUUCGUGAAGGUGUUUAUGAAAGGUGGGAGGGAGGAAAGCUCAAUCAAUGGGGAAUUUAUGCCAGUAGGAUCAGAUGGGAAAGUUGUUCUCUCAUUCAAUCUACUAAAUUCAAAUCCACGCGAUUGGGUUUACGAUUGGGAUUUUCAGAGGAUAGAUGAGACUUUGUUAAGUCCUGUGAUUAAAGCUUUGGAACCUGUAGCUAAUAUAAGUGUGGAAAGCCAGGUUUUGUAUCAUACACCGAAGUCCUCAUUUGCCUCUUGGGAUGAAAAACUUCGGAGCCACAUCUUUAGGAUGAGUGAUCUUCCUUUCUUUGUGAAUUCAAAUGAGUGGCACUUGGACACUUCUGUUGGAGCUGGUGGACGUUCUAAGAUAUUGCAAUUUGUGGUAUACAUUCCAUCUGCAGGAGAAUGCCCUCUUCAACUGCAGCUGCCGAAUGGGGAGAUGUCUAAGACGAAUGGCUUCAUAUCUCCUAUGUGGGGAGGAGUUAUUGUUUGGAACCCUGCAAACUGUGAUAAAGGCUCUGGAAGUCCAGCUAGGACCUCUAUCCCUCCUCAGAAUCUUGAGAAAAUAUUUGAAGUUUUCUUGGGGCAAUUCCGGCAACUUUUCGGCUUUAAAUCUGAAGCGACGUAUACCAGUGGGUUGGGCACUUUCGAGAUCUUACCUAGUGAAAGAGGCUUCACAGAAUGGGAAUUGGAUGUAUUAUCGCGGCAGCACACAUGUUUCAAUCUUCAGUCGUGUGCAAACACUCUUGGUUCACUUUCUAGAUUAGUUCAAUCACUCCCGAGGAUGAUUAUCAAGGAUGAAAUAGGAGAACAAGUGAAGUUUUCUCUCAAAGCAGCAAAGAUGGCUCAAUCUAACGCUUCUUUAGGAGCUUACGGUUCAUCAGCCAGCUCAUCAAGAGAAGCUAGAUCUCUAGCUGAGGAUGCUUUCUUCCAUCCCUCCAUCAUGUCUGUCAGUUACUUCUCGUUCGAGCAUUGCUUUGCAGUGUACUCGCCCUUCUUUCUGCCCGUGUCAAUGCACGUCAUCCUUGCGGCACUACGAGAAUGGAAAAGAUAUAAGCAAGAGAAGGCAAAGUACCUGACUUCGUUAACCAGAAAGAAGACAGCCUAAGAUGCUUGUCCCCUUCAGACAUUGCAACACGGGAUCCAGCGGCAACUUUUUUAGAACACAACUAAGACUUUUGAUACUCCGAGUUUUGUUUCACUCAGUGUGCCCGAAUUCAAGUAUCAAGAUUAGCAUCGAUGAUGUACUGUUAUCGUUUUGAAACUUCA